AUGGAGCUCUUUAUAUUACAAAAAAUUUUUUUGGUGAUUGCGAUUAUCUGCAGUAAAACGGAAGAAAACCAAGCCGUCAAAAGAAGCAUAGAUCUAGCUGCAACGCAUGCACUUAUUUCAGAUGUUCGCCUAUCCAAAGAUGUUGUGCCAACUAGCUACGAGAUUUAUUUAGAACCCAAGAUCAAUGAAAGUACUUUUGAUGGGUUUAUAAGAAUGAAUUUAAUAUGUAAAGCUGAUUCAAAGAAAAUUAUGAUUCAUGCUCAUUAUGACUUAUACAUAAAUGAUAGAAAUAUCAAAUUAAAAAGAAAUACCAUAAAACAAGGUACUGAAUGCGUAUUAGAAAUACCGUUUAAUGGAGAUGUUUGGGAAAAUUCAGAAGGACUCUUUAAAGGGUUUUAUAUCAACUCAUCAAAAAAUAAUAAAGAAGUAUAUUUUGCUACAAAUAUGAGACCGAAUAACGCUAGACGAGUGAUUCCGUGCUUCGAUGAACCAGAAUUUAAGGUACCCUUUACGGUGUCGAUUGCAAGGCCUAAAGAAUUUGUUAUUCUAUUCAAUACACCAUUACAAAGAAGUGAAUUACACUCUUCCCUGGAUGAAUAUAUGAUUGAUUUUUUCGAGACUACGCCACCAAUUUCAACUUUUACGUUUGGCUUAAUAAUAACAAAACUCCAAAAACUAGACCCGUAUAGUGAACAAAUAGACCCACAAGUCCAACCUAACAUAAAUAUCUGGAGUAAUAAUAUUAAUAUGGAGGAUCUUCAGAAAAUUCAACAUAAACUAGAACUUAUAUAUAAUCUUAUAAGAAACUUUUUUAAUGUGACGGUUCCUCUUAAGAAAAUUGAUAUUGUUGGUAUACCAGAAGUAUCAUUUAUCCAACCAGUGAACAAUUGGGGCUUACUUCUAAUUAGAAAAGAAGAAUUAUUAAAUGAAGGAUUUUAUAUAUUGACCCAAGAGCUUAUUAGCCAAUGGCUUGGGUCAUGGGUCACGCCAUUCUGGUGGGCCGAUGCUCACAUAAAUAAAGCACUUUCAUCUUUCUUGGCCUCCGAAAUUGUAAUACAGAUUGAUGGAGGAGUUGAGUUUAACGGUAAAUAUCCUAUGACAAAGCUUUACUCAAUUUACUAUGAGUUCAGCAAGAGGUAUCCUCAUUCCCGUAUUACUGCCAUGAAACAAGAGACAACGUCAUUUAAAACUGAGCUUGUAAUACGAAUGUUACAUUUAACACUGGGGAAAAAUACCUUUCAAAAUGGAAUCCGAUCAUUUUUAUCUGCUCACUUUUAUAGCACAUUUUCGGCGGAUAAUUUAUGGAACGCUCUAACUAAACAAGCAUUGGGGGACAGUACGCUGCUAAGCCAAUAUAAUGUGGCGGAAAUUGCUAAUUCGUGGCUUUCCAAAGACCGCCUUCCUGUUAUAAACGCGGAUAGGGAUUAUUUAAAGAAAACUCUGACAGUAAAACAAAAAGUAUAUCUCCGAGAGAGGCCUCAUGACGUUCCAGGAAAGGAUAAAAUGCUUUGGUGGAUUCCAAUUACUAUAAGUCGCCAAGAUAAGCUAGACUUUUCUAGAUGCGAGCCUUACGUUUGGAUGGGAAACACCAGUCAAUUGAAUAUUGACAACAUGCCCUCUAAUGAUAACUUCAUUAUUGUGAAUCAAGAAGAAAUUGGCCCGUUUCCAGUAAACUAUGACGAGCAGAAUUGGAAUCUUAUCUCGAAAUAUUUACUAACUGACGACGGUCGAGAAAAAGUUCCCACAUAUACGAGAGCCAAACUCUUGCAUGACGCUUGGAAUUUAGCUUACGCUGGUGAUUUAAGCUUUACGACUGCAUUAAAUAUGAUGCUCUUCAUGAAAUUUGAACGGAAUCAUAUUGUAUGGAAUCCGGUGUUCACCUUUAUUGAUCAAAUAGGAAGACAUAUUGCUAUGUCACAAGUUCAUACUAAAUUUGAGGCAUAUAUCCGAGGUCUUCUAGCUCCAUUGUAUGAGGAAUUAGGCACCGAACAACUUCCUGAACAAGAUUGGAAAAAAGAUCUACGGGCAUUAGCUAAAAAAUUUUUAUGCCAAGCGGGCUAUCACCCUUGCGUAAAAGAAGCUCAAAAUGCAUUCAAAUUCUGGCAAAACAGCCCUAGCCCUAAUUAUGAAAAUCCGGUACCCAAUCAGUACAUAUGCCCUGUUUUUAAAUGGGGGUCUAUUGAGGAAUGGAAUUUUGGCUUGCAACGAAUUGCGGAAUUUCCGAAAUCACGUCAACCAAGUGAACGAACAUUUUUACUGAAAUCAUUGACUGGGUGUCCUAUUCAACCUGAAAAAUAUAAUCGUCUGCUGCAAAUAGCAAUUAUUGAAGAACACCCAUAUUUUACAGACUCCGAUAAGAUUUUAAUAUUUAGAACGUUGGCAGGAAGUUCUGUUGGCUAUAUGACAUUGUUCAACUUUUUGACGGAAAACUGGCAAAUUCUUCGCCAAAAGUUUACUAAUAGAACUACAUUGUGGGAUAGUUUAAUUAGUUCUGCUACUGGCAUUUUUACAACUGAAGAAGGCUAUCAAAUGGUAAAAAAACUCCAUGAACAACAUUCUGGGGAGUUUGGUAGUGCCGAACAUAUUAUUCAAAAUUCGUUACGAAUCAUAAAAGAAGAAUCGAAAUGGAGUAUGGAAAAUCUACCUGUAAUUGAAAAUUGGCUUGACAAUUUUAAUCCUGUAGGCAAGUAGCCUACAGCAGAAAGAGAAUAAAUGGGAUGAUUCAUAACAUUACUUUGACCAAAUAA